GGAUUUCGAGUUGUUAUACCUCGGUAGUUUACGUUCCACGAUCACUGUUGGACGGAACCGUGGAGUCACUUGUCCUCGAAGAUGAUUCUCCCUGUUAUUUUGUUCCUCUUUUACGCAACGCACCGCGUCGAGUCGGCGGAAGAAGGUGAUUCAUGCAGAUUGAGAAGCGGCGCUUCCGGGGUUUGUGCCUUGCUGAACAAUUGCAACAUCGUAUUCCAGGAAUUGGUGGCUGGAAAUGCGCCGGAUUCAAUCUGCGGGUAUGCCGGAUUUGAACCAGUCGUUUGCUGUCCAAACAGCCGACCGCAAACCACGCAGUCAACUCCGACUGUCACUAGAAAUCCAGUCAGUGACGGACGAGGUGAAAUUUCGAGACAGAAAUGCGCUGAAUAUGCCCGGUACACUUAUGAACAAGUAGACUCUCCGGUUUUGACCCUGAAUCGACAGAAAGUGAACAGAUCCGUGUGCGCGAUCAAGUCCCAAAAGUUGAUUGUGGGAGGAACAAGGGCCGAGCGUAUGGAGUUUCCCCACAUGGCAGCGGUUGGCUACGAUUUGCCAACCGCCGGAGUCGGCUGGUACUGCGGAGGCACUUUGAUAUCAGAGAACUUUGUUCUUACGGCAGCCCACUGCACCUUUUCGUCGAAUUGGGGCACCGCGAACUGGGUGCGCGUCGGCGAUUUGAACCUGCAGCGUUCCGACGACGGGGCGAAACCUGUGGAUCGUCGUAUCACCCAGAGGAUCAGACACCCUCAGUACCAGCUUCCUUCGCAAUAUCACGACAUCGCGCUUCUUCGCCUCGAGUCCAGGGUGCCUUUCAACGCCUGGAUCAGACCGGCUUGUCUCCACACAUCACCCACCACUGGGACUCAGAAGGCCAUAGCGACAGGAUGGGGUCGUGUUGAAUGGGCCGACGAUGAAGGCUCGAGUGAUCUUCUGAAAGUUACGCUUCCCCUUGUCGAUCAGCGAACUUGUAACGCGAGCUACUUGGCUGGCGGGUCUGUAGCUCAGCUACGCGAUGGAGUAGUUGGAGAAUGGACGAUAUGUGCUGGGCAAGAUGGCAGCGACACGUGCCAGGGUGACAGCGGAGGCCCUCUCGUGAUAUACAGUAAAAAGGAGUAUUACUGCAUGUACGAUGUGGUCGGAGUCACAAGUUUAGGAAGAUUCUGCGGAAGUUCAGUUCCCGGUGUUUACACACGCGUUUAUCACUACGUUCCGUGGAUAGAGUCCGUUGUGUGGGGACGAGGAUAAAUCCCAAUACUGGGCUGGAUUCGAGGAGAUAGUAAAUUUAACAACAUCGCUCAUCAUUUUUGGACAGUGCAGCCGGGAGUCACGAUCUCGCGCAGCUCGAAAGAAUAAUUUGUCGGAUAAAAAAGUUUAAUAUUUAGAGCUAGCUCACACGACAGUCGAUUUAUUUCAAAGAAAAUAAUCUUGAAGAAGUGUUUUCCAUUUUAUCCACAGUCGUUUGCGGUUUUACUCUCGAUACAAGGUGAUGCACGUAUGUAACGGACAUGCGGAGAGGAAUCGUUGUAAAAAUGAAUUAAUUAAGUUGACAAGCAAUUUAUAAUGCAUUGAAUAAUCAACCGGUCAUCAGAAUUUCUUCGUCCGCUGAAUCUCAAAAUAUAUACGGUCAUUGUUUGAAACAUUCUAUUAUCGCGAUUUGCCGAUGACACGUCACAAUGACGACAUACAAGGAAAAAACAAAAAAAAAGUGGAAAAAGAUGACUGUGUUAUGCAACGAACAUUGGUCUAACAAUAAGUUUUGACGUGAGUUUGUUGUGAAGAUUUGUGUCACACGGAACAACAUUUGUAUAGUCAACACUGUAAUUGUUCGACGGGAUUAAAAAUUCGAAAUACUCGACGGUGUAUCGCCGUAUUUUGUAGUGAAAAUGACGCAACGGAUUUCGUCCUGAAAACAAUUUCGAAGCUCUUUAGUUUUUUUAGGAUCAUACGCGUACGUAUACGCACAAACAUAUACCUUAUUUUGUGUAUCCACUCAGAAAAAUGUAUGUCGUACUUGGUCGUACUAUACUACUUAGUUCUAUAGAUAUAGUAAAAUUUACCUUCUAAAAAUGACACGGAUACGCAUUCAAAUAUGAAACAGAAUCGGCUAUGUUACAUUUCAAUAAAUAAAUUUUAUACAUGA